CUUCGUGUUCUUCCCUCUUUGAGGUGACGCAACUUCCGCUUCGUUGUUUCCGUACACAAACGCUUUCGAUGACGUGUACACUCAAGCACCGUUAGCUAGCUAGCUAGCUAGCUCAGUCACCUGUUAGAAGUAAGGUGUUGUACCAUCAACGCUCAAAGGGCAAAACAAAACAACAACGUGUCAAGUCAACACUGAAGAUGGAGACGCUCUACCACCAGACGAACAAGCAAAUCCAGGAGGUCCAGUCUCGUAUGGGAGGUCUGGAGAGGACGGAUCGUGAAUCAGUGCACUUGCUAGAGAACGAACUGCAGGCCAGAAUCGAUCAGAUCUUCAAUCACUUAGAACGCCUUGAGAUCCUGGCCAGCAAAGAACCACCAAACCGCCGCCAGAAUGCCAAAUUACGAGUGGACCAGCUCAAGUACGACGUCCAGCAUCUUCGCACAGCCCUGCAAACCUUCCAGCACAGACGCUAUGCCAGAGAAGCCCAGGAGAGAGAGAGGGAGGAGCUCAUGAGCAGGAACUUCACCACCAACGACGCAGAUACUUCCAUCCACAUAGAUGACACCAUACAUUUAAACUCCAACCUGCAAACCGCACACAGAGGCAUUGACGAAAUCCUGGACACCGGAAGUGGGAUCCUGAAUGGUCUCAGAGAUCAAAGGUCUACGCUGAAGGGAACCCAUAAGAAGAUGCUGGAUGUGGCCAACAUGUUAGGGCUGUCCAACACCGUGAUGAGACUGAUAGAAAGACGAGCCACUCAAGAUAAGCUCAUCAUGAUCGGAGGCAUGCUGCUGACCUGCGUCUUCAUGUUCUUGGUGAUCAGAUAUCUGGGCUGACCUCCAUCUUUCAAAUGAAUGACACUUUUGAUCAGCCGUGGACAUUUCUCCAGCACAUUGUUCCGCAUCAUUUGAAUAAUGGCAGAAUUGAAUUUUAACAUCUGAUUGAGGUCAUUUUUUGAUCAGCUGUGACCAUUUUUUCAUCCUUUUGGGCACCUUAAAAAAAGGCAUGGUUGAAGACCUUGAUUACAUACAGUAUUUUACUCCACCUGAGACCCCUAAAGAGAGCAUUGAACUUUGAAAUAAGACUGCUACAUAUUACUGUCACACACCUGCAACCUAACCUUUCAUCAAAACCACUCUGGAACUUUAACUCUUGUACCCCAACAUCGCUUUUAAAACCACAUCAAACUCAUCUUUUUACUGAACUGGCUUUGUGAAUCUUUCUUUUUCCUUUUCCUGAAUCUGUCAAUGAUGCUGUCUUGUGUCAGUCUCCCAUGUGAAGCUCAGAAAAAUCAUGUCUCUGAGAUUAUAAACUGUAUGAAUUAAUCUGUUCAGGAAAUCAAAGAAAGCAUUUCUUUUGAAACUGUUAAAUCAUUUCUCUUGGACUUCUGCUUCUGUCUAGUCUCACUAUGUGAGUGACUUUGUCUUAUUAAUAUAAUUAAACAUGUUUCAUUUCCUUGGUA